AUGACGGACUUGGCGUCUGCUAUGGCUAAACUAUCCACUGAAAUUACUACGACUGCACAUUCUUCGACAGUGGACAAGCUGUAUGAUGUCUUCAUGAAUUGGUGUUCAAAAAACAACUUGAAACCACAGUACAAAAUAACUGAUAUUAAUGAAGAUCAAAAUGUAAAAUUUGAAAUCAGAGUACCUACUUAUGCCUACAUAGGAGUUGGAAAUGCAAAAACUGAAGAAAUUGCUCGACAAAAAGCAUUAAAAGAUAUCUUAUUAUAUUUAGCAGAUAAAAAUGAAAUAUCGGCUAUUUCAAAGAAAAAAAAAGAAAAGAAAAUUGAGGACUCUAAAAUAGAUUCAACUAAAAAUAAAAAGCAAAAUAGUUUGGAACCAGUUGUUUGUGGUAAUUGGACAAUUGAUACUGCUUAUAAGAGAUUACAACAAUACAUUCAAUCUAAUGAUAAAGCAAAUCUUAAGUCAAAUAUUGCAACUAUUGGAAAGAGUUUUGUUGUUAGCAUGUCAAUAUUUAUUGAACAACUAAAUAAAACAAUUUCUACUUGUGAAAUCGGAAAAUCAAAGAAAAAUGUAAUACAACAAUGCGAACUUACUUUAGUUAAUAAUUUAUGUACAUUAGGGUUAAUUGAACCUUACUCAAGUGAUAGAGUGAAAAAAUAUAAACUAAAUUGUAUCCGUAAUUUGUUGAAUGAUGUCAAUGUUAAUGGAAAACUGGUGAAAAAUUUAUAUGGCUUAUUAAAAGAUCUUAAGAUUAAGCCAAUGAUUGAUGAGAAUUAUGCUGGCAUUUUAAAUAAUACAACAUUGCUUCUUGACAAGGUUGUUGAACCAAUUGUACCUUUAUAUCAAUUUAAUGCUUCUAAAGUGGUACGAUGGGGCCCUCCUCAGUCAAAUUGGAAUCCGUGGUUAGCUGUUAAGAUUUAUAAUCCUAAAUCUUUAUUUGAUAUAAGUUGUAAGAUAAAGAGAGAAUUUGAUGAAAAAAAAAAACAUUCACUUACAUUUCAAAAAAGGAUAAAAGACAGAUCUAGUUUGCCAAUAUUCAAAAAAAAGAAUGCUAUUUUGAAUACAAUUAGAGACAAUUCUGUAAUUAUUGUACAUGGAGGUACUGGUUGUGGAAAAACCACUCAGGUUUGUCAAUUCAUACUUGAAGAGUUUAUUGACGCAAAUAAAGGAGCAAAUUGUAACAUUAUCUGCACUCAACCUAGAAAGGUAUCAGCCAUCUCUAUUGCAAACCGAGUGAGUUUUGAAAGAGCUGAAGCUAUUGGGAAAAGUGUUGGAUAUACAGUUAGAUUUGAUAGUAUGGUACCGCAGUCUUUUGGAGCGAUUCUAUUCUGUACAGUUGAAAUUUUGAUACGGAAAUUAAAGACUGGUUUGUUUGGUGUAACACAUGUUGUUGUGGAUGAGAUACACGAACGGCGUGCUGGCUGUGAACUGUUGUUGAUUAUUCUGAAGGACAUGGUGCAAAAAUAUCUAGAUCUUAAAGUUAUUCUCAUGUCUGCAAAUGCAAAUUUAAAUAUAUUCAGUAAAUAUUUCAACAACUGUCCAAUUAUUGACGUGGAAGGAAAUUGCUACCCUGUAAAAGAUUUUUUCUUAGAAGAUAUUGUUGAAAUGUUAGACUAUAAACCAUCUUUAGAAGAAAUUAAAAUUGCAAAGAAAAAAAAUAUUCAAACCAUAGUUAAUUGUAAUUUAGUAGUUUCUAAUGAAUAUUCCCCAAAAGUUAAAGAUAGAGUUGCAAAUAUCAGUGAGGAAAGUCAACAUUUAAAAAUGAUUGAACUGUUGUUGACACAUAUUGAAAAUAAUUUAAAAAUAAAAGGUGCUGUCUUAAUAUUUUUACCUGGAUGGGCUUGGAUUUCAGAACUCAAUAAUCAUUUACAACAGAAUGAGACAAUUGCUCAAAACUGUUCCAUCUUGCUUCUUCAUUCAUCAUUAUCUCAUGCACAACAACAUAAAGUAUUUAAGCCUGUUCCACUUGGCAAGCGUAAAGUUAUUUUGUCUACAAAUAUUGCUGAAACUUCAAUUACUAUAGAUGAUGUUGUGUUUGUUAUUGAUUAUGGAAAAUCUAAGAUAGUUAGGUGUACUAAUAAUGUAACUAUAUUUGACACAGUUUGGGCAUCCAAAGUAAAUGUGGUACAAAGAAGAGGACGUGCUGGUCGUGUUCAAGAGGGUUACUGUUUUAGUUUAUAUACAAAGGAACGAUUCAAAAAAAUGGAUGAUAACAUAUCGCCAGAACUAAAUCAUUGUUCUUUGAAUAAAAUUGGGUUAACUAUCAAAUUAUUAAAUUUGGGUGAUAUUUAUACAUUUUUGAAAAAAGCUAUUGAUCCACCGCCUGCUCAAUCUGUAUAUAAUGUUAUUGAUACACUUAAAGAAAUGAAAUGUCUUGAUGGGAAUGGUAACCUCACAAAUCUUGGAUUUAUUUUGGCAGAGUUACCUGUAGAACCACAGCUUGGACGAAUGAUGAUUUUGGGUAAUAUACUAAAGCUUGGUGAAUCAUUGAGUAUUAUAGCAGCUGGUUCUUCAACCAAUUAUGAUUUAUUCGUGGGUGAAUAUGGCGAAAACACUGCUAAGCAUUAUUAUUCUGGCAACCGUUGUUCAGAUCAGUUGGCUUUUUUAAAUGCUUUUAUGCAGUGGGACUCAACAUAUGGUUAUUAUUCAAAGGCGACCGAUGCUUUUGGAGACAACAAUGUAUCUACUACUGUAUUAAAAGCAACACACAAUAUAAAAGAACAAAUAAUAAACAGGUUUCUGAAGUUUGGUUUUCCUAAAUGUUGUUUUGAAACAGAAAAUUUUGAUUUUGGUAAAACUGGAAUCUCUGAUGAGCCAAAGUUGGAUAUGGUUUCAGCACUCCUUGUAAUGGCAUUUUAUCCUAAUAUUUAUGUUCAUAAGGAAAAGCGUAAGGUAAAUUUAAAGUCAAAGGAAUUUGCUGUUGUUGGUAAAUCUUCUGUAAAUAGUCCUUUAGUGGGAUCAGGUACUCAAUUUCAGUUGCCAUUCUUUGUAUUUGAACAACAAAUAGGUGUACUAUGUAUGAACUCAACUAUGGUGAGUCCUAUACACAUCUUAUUGUUUGGUGCUCAGAAAGUUGAUUAUAUUGAUGGUUUGAUUGUACUGGAUGAUUGGAUAUAUUUGAAUAUGGAUGUUAAAGUUGCUGCGGCAAUUGUCGCUUUGCGGCCAGCAAUUGAAGAUUUAAUUUUAAGAGCUGUUGAAGAUCCAGAACUGAUUAAAAAACCUUCUAUAACUGAUAGUAAGCUAACCAAAGUGUUGAGAGAUUUGUGUAAUUUUAAUGCAGGAAGGGAUAAUUUACUCCCUGUAACAUUUGAUACAAGCGAGGAUAAAAACACGAAGAAUAAGACUAAACAAAAAUGA